UUUGAUAUUUAGUUGCGAAAAUGCACUGAAAGCGGUCACCGUCGGCUUGUUCUGCACUACCGAGAUGCAGAUCUGUAUGCAAAUUGGAUAAAUUAUACAUUUAGAUUUAUUGUCAACAAAAGUGCCCAAGUUUUUUUGCGCGAAUUGAGUGCGAAAACUUACGAUUAAUUAUACGAAGUGAUUUUUUAUGUUUUUUUUUUAUAGUGGAAAUGAAUACAAACAAGUAACAAGUAGUAAAAAGUGAAAUAACAAUUUUGCAAAAUCACCAUGACAUAAAUGUAAUCUCAAAUAACGCGGAAUAAUUUCAGUGAGCCAUAAAUACAUUUGAAUACAAACAAAGUGUGCGUGUGCAAUACAAAUUUAUUUAUGCAUGUUUAUAAACUAAAAGCCAACUGGUUAGCCAAUGGUUAGGGAGACGGCAAAGUGUUUAAAGUUAUCGGAAAAAGUUAAAGUUAAGCCGCAAUAAUGAUUAAAUAACCAACACAUACACACAGCAAUUGCGGCCGGUGUGCUGCCUACAACUACAAGAAUCAAAACGUGCGCACUUUAAACGGCACAAUAUUAUGAACUGAUCAAUUAACAAGUUAUUCCAUAAGCGAUCUCGAGACGGUGAACACUUGCAGCGCGCUUGGCUUGGCGUUGGUGUAACCGCAGAGAAAUUGUGUGUGUGCGCUCUUGCAAAUCCUUUUGCCGAAAACAAAAUUAUUUAAAGAAAGCAACAACAACAACAAAAACGAAAAGUGAAAAUGCAGCACUUGCUGCGCUACUUAAUGCUAGUCGCAAUCGGCGCGGCGCAUGCUGUCAGCGGUGCGGUGAAUAAAGCUGAUAGAGAUCACUUGCAGCCGCCACUUUGGGCUGUGCAAUUUGAAUAUGAACAGUUAAAUAUGACAAUGCGGAAUGCGCAAACGGUUGCGUUCGUUAUCACGGCCGUUGAACCGGCUUUGGGUAGCACUUACGAAUUUCAUGUGCUGAAUGAUAACGAAGAGGUCGCGCGCUUAGACGCCGUCGAGACGGUGUUGAGCAAUGUGAAUGGCGUUGUAAAGGUCAAAGGUAAUUUCACUUUGCAUGCGACGCUUUUGGGAUAUACGCACGUUUAUGUGGAGUUGAGACGCGCUGGCCAGGAAACGGCACGUUCUCAGGAGGUUUUGAGAGUUAUUGUGACGCGUUCCAUGAAUUUGGCCGAUAUCAUUUUCAAUGUUGCCAUUGCCUGCUUUGUGAUGGUUAUUUAUGUGAAUUUUGGCGCCGUUUUGGAUUUGGAGGAUCUCAAGCGCAUCGUUAUACGUCCCGUUGGACCGGCUAUCGGCUUGUUUUGCCAGUUUCUGGUGAUGCCUGUGCUUAGUUUUCUCAUUGGUUACUUUCUCUUUCGCGAAAUGAUCGAAUUACGUUUGGGCUUGUUCUUUUUGGGGGUGUCACCAGCCGGCGGUUCGUCGAAUAUAUUCGCCGUGCUGCUGAAUGGCAAUCUCAGCUUGUCCAUCACUAUGACUGCCAUAAGCAAUCUGGCGGCUUUCGGCAUGAUGCCUUUGUGGAUCUUUACGCUGGGCGCUUUGAUAUUUCAUGAUGGUAAUUUCGCGAUUCCUUAUAAAUCGAUAGCCUCAAUCUCUUGCACGUUGGUUGUGCCGAUUGCUAUUGGUGUUAUGCUGCAAAAGUAUGCACCAGAGCUAACUAAAAAGAUGUCCAAGUUGCUUAAACCUAUAUCAUUGGUGCUUAUAUUGGCGAUAACGAUUUUCGGCUGUGUGCUCAAUUCGUAUAUGUGGAAGCUGUUCACGACGAAGAUUCUCAUCGGCAGCUGCAUUUUGCCAUGGUUGGGAUAUGUAAUUGGCUGGCUUAUUGCCACAGUUUUGCGUCAGCCACCUAAAGAUGCCAUCACGAUUGCCAUUGAGACGGGCAUACAGAAUAUUGGCAUUGCAAUAUUUAUGCUAAACUUCACUUUGCCACAGCCACAGGCCGAUAUGACGAGCGCGGUGCCAAUGGCCAAUUCGAUGGUGACACCGCUGCCACUGCUACUCAUCUAUUUCUUGAAAUUGUGCUUCUGCCGUAAGAGCGAGAAAACAGUGGACGCCGAGGCAGCAGCAAAGGAAGCCAAAGAAAGUGAGCUAGUUACAUUUAUAGAGAAUUGGGUGGAGAAGGUGAAUUCGAAGUAUCCACAGUGAAUUGCGUCAGUCGUUUGUGAUCAAUAUAGUUUUUUUAAGUUAAAUAGUUGUUAUUGUCAUUAUCGUUAACUUAA